AUGUACAUUUUCAUUGCAGCUUUAUUACUGAACUCUGUUCUUUACAGUACAACUAUUUACCCAAAACUCCUGAUUGACUUUUUAUCUGAAAAACAAGUCACAACAUAUUCAGCCUGUCUCUUUCAGUUUUUUAUGUUUUAUACUCUAGGUGGUUCAGAGUUCUUUCUCUUGGCUGCCAUGGCCUAUGACAGAUAUGUGGCAAUAUGUAAACCUCUGCAAUAUCAUAUUAUCAUGAGAAAAACCACUGUGAGUAUUUUUCUGAUCAUAGCUUGGCUUGUACCUGCUUGUCAUAUUGCAGUCCAAGCAAUAGGGAGUGCUAACAUUAAACUGUGUGACUUUAAUAUAAAGGGAAUAUUUUGUAACAAUGCAGUUUACACUCUUCUGUGUGAAAGAUCAAGAUUAAUUACCAUCUUUGGUGUGGUUGCUUUACUAGAUCUUGCAGUACUUCCUAUGCUCUUUAUAGUUUUCACUUAUACAAAAAUAUUUAUAGUCUCUUAUCAAAGAUGUAAAGAAAUUCAGAAGAAAGCUGCAGAGACUUGUUUACCCCAUCUUUUAGUUUUAAUCAGUGCUUCUGUGUUUUUUGUGUAUGAUAGGGUACCAGUGAUGUGGAAGACAUCAUGCUUCGUCCCUGUACCAAAGACGCCAUGUCCCAGUGGCCCCCAGGAUUACAGACCCGUGGCACUGACCUCCCACAUCAUGAAGACCCUGGAAAGGCUCAUCCUGGACCAGCUGCGACCCAUAGUAAGACCACAUCUGGAUCCCCUUCAGUUCACUUAUCAGCCUCGUCUCGGAACUGAGGACGCCAUCAUCUACCUGCUCAAUCAUGUCUACACCCAUCUGGACCAGCCGGCGAGCACUGCCGACCCUCCUGGGUGA